UAAAGAAUCUGCCUGCCAGUCAGGAGAUGCAAGAGAUGUGGGUUCAAUUUCUGGGUUGGAAUAAUUCCCUCAAGUAGGAAAUGGUAACCUGCACCAGUAUUCUUGCCUGAAAAAUUCUGUGGAGUCCGAUAGGCUCCGUGAAGUUGCCGAGAGUCAGGCACAACUGAGUGACUGAGCGCACACACAUUACUAAUGAGGCCACAGUUUUUGGUCUCAAAUAUACUUCUGCCUUUGUCCCUUUACUUUACUAAUGUCUCUUUAGAUACUUGAAAAUAAUUGAGAGAUCUUUGGAAAAAUUAAUGUAUUUUCCAAAUACUGUUUCACAUUGAGUGUAUUAUUCUAAAACACAAUAAAUGUAAAUAACUAUGAGACUAGCUUUUCCAGGCAUUUACCCUGUGAUCAGUGUCAGACAUAUCACUCUUUAGGAAAUCUUGAAGAAAUUCACAACAAUGAAAAAAGGUGUGUUUUCGCCAUUCAUUUCCUCUUUCUUGCUUUUGUUCAGAGUUGAAUAGUCAAGUAGUUAUUGAGGAAAACACUAUUUUAAUAGACUGUUUUACAGUGUGUGCUUUUAGGUAAGUAAUUUGCAAAGUACUGUGUUAAAAACUGGAGUUGUACAGAUGCCUUUUAGUAGCUGCGUAUCUGAGAAAUUGUGAUCUUACUGUUUGACACUGGAUCUUUCAAACAAUAAGCUACACUGAGUUGUGUUAUCUUGGUAGCUCUAUAUAAGUAAUUUCCAAAGGAGAAGGUAUGCUGGUAUGAUAGUAAUUCUAUAAAUAUUUCAGGUAUAAUUAGUAAAUCAGUUUGGAUUAAGCAAAAUAAAUAAAGGCACAAAGAAAAAAAGCAAUGAUUUAAGAGUGUAUUCAUAUUUAUAGGCUUAUGGGUAAUGGUCCUAUAUUGAACGCUGUUUUGUGGUAAGUCGCUUCAGUUGUGUCUGACUCUGUGCAACCUUAUGGACUGUGUAGCCUGCCAGGCUCCUCUGUCCAUGGGAUUCUUCUGUCAAGUGGCACCUACUAAAUGAAAGCCAAAACACUCACCAGUCAGUGGGGGAAGAAAUACCAUACAAAUAAGUAACCCAAAGGAGGCAUACCUAAAAAAUUGAAAACCAACUGAAACCUUGUAUCACCUUGAAGUUUUAGACUGAUUAUGUUUUUCUAUCGAAACAUAAAUAUCUCUGUCACCUUUCCUGUUACAAUCCAGUGUUCUCAGAGCCCCCCUCUGCCAAUUUAAAUAACUGUCUUAAUUUACUAAGUCCAGUAACAUCUGAGCAUGGGACAGCAUCUGAGCGCCUCAGUCCACAGACCAGGUGUGGUAUGCAUAUGGAUUUACAGAUGCCCUCAGAAAACCACCCCAUAGAUUAGGGACUGUGAAGGUCUCUUAAUUUACAUAUGGGAAAGUGAAACCUUGAGUGGUUAAAUCCACAGUCACAAAUUAUGACUUGCAGAUGGAAUUUAGACCUACAGGCAUGUUUUGUUUGGCCUGUUAGGAUGCUUUAAAACUUUUGAGCAAACAGUUAAAAUCAGGAAAAUUUUAGCUUCUCAUGAAAAUUUAGAGCAUCUGGCAUCGUUGGACUGAUAUUCCUGUAUGACAUCAAUUGACUAGUGUUAUGUUGUAACUCCUUCUUUUUCAUGAUUUAUCUUUCUCUGGAUUUAUAAGCCUUACAAUUCCCUCUUAUCUUACACCUGUUUCAUUUAUUCAUGUCACCUGCCUUGCCCUUCUGAAAAUUUUUGUUGUAUAGCAAGUCAGAGGCAGAGCAAAAAAUAGAAACUUUUAUUCUGACCCCUAAGCAAUUGUAGGUUCCUGCCUCCAUUACUCAGGUGUUGGUUUAUAAGCCCUGGAUUCUAAUCCUUCCAUUACCAUUGACUUGCCCCGUGGCAUUGAAAAGGUCAGUUAACUCCUGUGAUUUCAGUUUUGAUAUCUGUCGAAUGAUCAUUAUAAACAUUUUAACUAUGCACAUAAUUUAAAAAUCUAACGGUUUAUGUACAAAGCAGCUGCAUAAAGUCAUGGUUAAUAUUUUGUUAGAUUGCUUAAAAAUAUUGCUUCAGUGUGCCUCUUGACCACUGUUAAUACAUUUAAUGCUCUGCCUCCUACAGGAUAAAGUCCAGAUUUGUUUGCCUUACAUUCUUCCCUACCAUUUGGUUCCAACGUACCUUGCCAAAGUAUCUUUUACUUUAUAUGGAAUGGAAUGAAAUUUCAUUCAUUCAUCAUUCAAUCUCUACCCUCCCUUCAUUCUUUUAUCCCAUAUAUAUUGAGCACUUCUGCUGUGCCAGGCACUAUGCUGGCCCCUGAGGAUUACAGAGCUGAACAAGAAACAUUCUGCCUCUAACAUUCUCAUACUUAAGUUUUAAUUUUAGGCAGAUUGAUAUAUUUUGUAUCUUGACUACAUCUUACGUAGGCUUGCCUCCUUUGCUCACACUAUUUGUUCUUUUCUUUCGUUAUUUCAUUCAACAAAUAUUUAUUGACAGUUGUAUCAGGCACUGUUCACUCGGUGUUGAUUUUAUGACAAAGUUCCUGCUCCAUUGUAACUUACAUUCUUGGGGAUAUAAGACAUUAAAUAAAUAAACUCUUAAUAUAUGCCAUAAAGCCUAUGAAGUAACUGUAGCAGCCCAAGGAAGAGAGACAGUAACAGUAUGUGGGUCAUAGUGCUAUUGUUUUAGAAGGAAUGAUGAAAGACAGCUUUUCUAAUAUGAUAUUUGAACUGAAGGAACUGAGGGCGAGAUCCAAGAAGGUAUUUGGGGGAAGAGUAGUUCAGGAAGAGGGUGCUUGAUAUAUUCAGGGGACAGUGAGGUGGUCAGUAUGGCAGGGUCUGAGAAAGUCUCUCCUACCUAGGAGGUGAGUUCUGUGAUUCUGAAGAGCAUUACUGCCUGUGAUAAGGACCUUGGCUUUUGGCUCUAGAAUGAGUUGUAUCUCCUCUGAGUUUCUGUUUCAGAUUCCUUUGUCACAUCGUCCUUGGCCAUCCCUGUUGACAGUGGUUUCUUCUUCUGUCUCUUGGAAUGCUGUUAACCACGUAACUCAUUUGUUUAACUGACCAAGGCAAAUGUCUGGUUGUCUUCUUAUAGGUCUUCAGCUCUGUCCUAACUUCUUUUAACUUCUUCUAGUGUAGGGACUUAGUUUUAUACCUUUCUAUCCUAUAUGAUGUUUUGCACUCCGUUGAGACUUAAUAUAUGUUUGUUUUGUGAGGCUCUGACCUCAGAUAUCAGUAGCAGGAAUUUGAAAGCAAUGUCUAAGAAGGAAGUGAAAGGACUUGGUGAUAGAUUAGACAUAGGAAUGAUGUUAAUUAAAGUUUUAGUUUGUGAUCCUAGAAGAAUAACAGUGCUAUGGACAGAUACAGGAAAGUUGGGAAGAGAAACUGAUUUUGGGGAAGAUUAAUGAAUUGGUUUGAAGUUUAUUGAACUUCCGUGUUAGUAAGAUAUCCACGUUAAGCUGUGAAGAAUGAUUUGGAUGUUAGAACAUAUACAGAAUAUUGGUGUUAUUUGUGACUCCAGCCUGCAGUAUGUAAUUUUAAGAGCAGGGACAGCCUCUUACUCAUAUUUCUAGUGUCUGGAACAGCGGCUGGCAAAUGAUAGGUGCUUACAUCAUAGGCAGUUAGUAGUUUUAUUGAGCAGAGCAGUGAGGCUGCUGUGUACCUGUGAUGCAGAUUAUGGCUUAAGCACUAGUGCUUAUUCCUUCAGCUGUAAUUGCUGAUAUUACUUUUUUUUUUUAAGAUAAUGAUUUCACCAUCAGAUUUCAGACUCAGGCUUAGAAAAAAAGACAAAAAUAAUUUGUUUUAAUUAACUGUUUUGGGUAUUUUAAUGACAUUUGUAUCUGAUAUUGUUAGUAUCCAAUCUGCUUAUAAUCAUCCCCAUCAGUCAGUCCUGCCAAUGCAUUAUAUUAUAGAGCUUUGAGAGUAAUACAUUAAACGUGGUUGGAACAAUGGAGUGAUGGUACAUCAGUUGUUUUUAUUAUGUAUAUCAGUUAGUAUUCUAGUAGCUUACAUUACCCAUUAAUUCCCAUCUAUCAAAGUAGCCUCAUGGUGAUAAGAAUUACUAGAUAUGUUGGAUGACAAAUAAUAGAAUUACACUGUAUUUUGUAUUUGGAGAUGUAUCUCCUUAAGUAGGAUGGAAGCAUUUUACAGAUGCUGCAUGAAACUUAAUCUUAUAGCAAUAAUAAAAUCAGUGCUAAAUUUAGAGAAGCAGAGUCUACUUUUGAUUAAAAUUUUAAUCUUGUCAAAUACCUUAAAUCUUUUUCCUUUAAGUCACACUUUUAGAUUAUAUAGCCCUUUGGUCUAGAAACCUUUUCUAUUUCUUUUUUCCUCUUGAUAUAACUCACAAAUCAAGAUCUUUUGAAAUGGUCUCCUGCUUCUGUAGUUCUCUUCUGGCUCUGAUUCCUUGGGAGCUGUGAGGUGCCUCUGAAACUGUAUGCUUUACUUUUUGCUUUGUAGCAGAUGUCGUGGCACUAAGACCCAGAAACCAUUUGCUCUGUGUGGCUGGAGCUGGGCAGGCUGUGCUCGCACUGAAGGGAAGGAAGUCAUUAGUGCAGACUGAGCUGUGGAGUUGGGUUCUUGCAGGAUUUCCUUCCAGCCUUUCCCCACUAAGGUUCUUGGGAAUUAAAAAAAAAAAAAAAAAAAUCUAAACACACAAACCAAGUUUUCCUAUUUACAGUGUUAAGGGAAGGUAGACAUUUCGGGAAGGGUAGAUCCUUUCCCCAAGUUAUCCAAGAAGGAAGAGAAAACAGCGCAAAGAAGCUCUGAUUACAGAUCUUUGGAAUUUUCUUUGCUAAAUUUUACAAACGAGAAAUACACUCAGAAUUUUGGGAAUUGCUCCAGGCUGCGCGUGAGGGUUUGAUUGCUUGUCUAAUCUUUUUUUGAGAAGAGGAGAAUUCGUCAAAAGGGGUUUGGAUGGCAGGAACCCGACUGGGUUUCUGUAGCAGCUUGCGUUCUCCGGCUCUUGUCUGAGGGAGGGUCUCUGCGCCGGCUUGGAGACCCCUUGCUGCAGGCUCCUUUUGCGGGCGCUGGCCCGAGGGGAAAAUGCUCCGCUCUGGCUGGAGUACACUGGUUGCUGCUGGGACUUCCUAGCCCCGUGGGGAGCGUGUUCCUGGUUUGGGGAUACUUCAUUGAACUGAAGGCGAAAAGACUGGACUCUCCUGGGCUCUUUCCCUUCGCGGUGAAUAUGGGAAAGAAUUAGGGGGUGGGAGGGAGGCAGCAUGACUUGGAGUCGCCGCUGCCCUGCAUCUGCCCCCAGCCCCCAGCCAGCAUCUUGAUGUUCCACAUAUCGGCUGUACAAAUAUGAUGAAAUGGCAGCCCCGGAAGAAGGCAUACUUCCGACAGGGUGUUGCCCUCCAGUACCUCGGACGUCAUGCCGAUGCCCUGGCAGCCUUUGCAUCUGGGUUGGCUCAGGACCCCAAGAGUCUCCAGCUUCUGGUGGGGAUGGUGGAAGCAGCCAUGAAAUCUCCCAUGAGAGACUCCCUCGAGCCCACUUACCAGCAGCUUCAGAAAAUGAAACUGGACAAGAGCCCCUUUGUGGUUGUCUCUGUGGUUGGGCAGGAGCUCCUGACAGCUGGCCAUCACGGGGCCUCUGUGGUUGUCUUAGAAGCCGCUCUGAAGAUUGGCACCUGCAGCCUCAAGCUGAGAGGUUCCGUUUUCUCUGCACUGAGCAGUGCUUACUGGUCUCUCGGGAACACAGAGAAGAGCACUGGAUACAUGCAGCAGGACUUGGAUGUAGCCAAGACCUUAGGUGACCAGACAGGAGAAUGCCGAGCUCAUGGGAACCUGGGCUCUGCAUUCUUCUCCAAAGGAAAUUACCGGGAGGCUCUCACUAACCACAGGCAUCAGUUGGUGCUUGCCAUGAAACUCAAGGAUCGAGAGGCAGCUUCAUCAGCCCUGAGCAGUCUGGGCCACGUGUACACAGCCAUUGGAGAUUACCCCAAUGCACUGGCCAGUCACAAACAGUGUGUUCUUCUCGCCAAGCAAUCCAAAGAUGAGCUUUCUGAAGCCCGAGAACUCGGCAACAUGGGAGCUGUGUAUAUUGCCAUGGGUGACUUUGAGAAUGCUGUGCAGUGCCACGAGCAGCAUCUGAAGAUAGCCAAGGACCUGGGGAACAAGCGAGAAGAAGCCCGGGCCUACAGCAAUCUGGGCAGUGCCUAUCACUACAGGAGGAACUUUGACAAGGCCAUGUCUUACCACAAUUAUGUGCUGGAGCUGGCGCAGGAGCUGAUGGAGAAGGCCAUUGAGAUGCGGGCCUACGCUGGCCUGGGCCACGCUGCCAGGUGCAUGCAGGAUUUGGAGAGGGCCAAACAGUACCACGAGCAGCAGCUGGGCAUUGCUGAGGAUCUCAAGGACCGGGCUGCAGAGGGGCGAGCAUCUUCCAAUCUGGGAAUCAUACACCAGAUGAAAGGUGAUUAUGACACCGCACUGAAACUCCACAAGACCCACUUGUGCAUCGCCCAGGAGCUGAGCGACUAUGCCGCCCAGGGCCGCGCCUAUGGAAACAUGGGCAAUGCCUACAAUGCUCUGGGCAUGUACGACCAGGCGGUCAAGUACCACCGGCAGGAGCUACAGAUCUCCAUGGAAGUGAACGACCGUGCCUCACAGGCAUCCACGCACGGGAACCUCGCCGUGGCCUACCAGGCGCUGGGCGCCCACGACCGGGCCCUGCAGCACUAUCAGAACCACUUGAACAUCGCCCGGGAGCUGCGAGACAUCCAGAGCGAGGCGCGGGCUCUCAGCAACCUGGGCAACUUCCACUGCUCUCGAGGGGAGUACGUCCAGGCCGCCCCCUAUUACGAACAGUACCUCCGGCUUGCUCCUGACCUUCAAGACAUGGAGGGAGAAGGGAAGGUCUGCCACAACCUCGGCUACGCCCAUUACUGCCUUGGAAAUUACCAGGAGGCGGUAAAGUACUAUGAGCAGGAUCUGGCCCUGGCCAAAGACCUUCACGACAAAUUGAGUCAAGCAAAAGCUUACUGCAACUUGGGCUUGGCGUUCAAGGCUCUGCUGAAUUUCAGCAAAGCUGAAGAGUGUCAAAAGUACCUACUGUCCCUAGCCCAGUCCCUGAAUAAUUCCCAGGCUAAAUUUAGAGCCCUGGGGAACCUGGGUGAUAUAUUCAUCUGUAAAAAAGAUAUCAAUGGUGCAAUAAAAUUCUAUGAGCAGCAGCUGGGCUUGGCUCACCACGUGAAGGACAGGAGACUGGAGGCCAGUGCAUAUGCAGCCCUGGGCACUGCAUACCGAAUGAUUCAGAAACACGACAAGGCCUUGGGUUAUCACACACAGGAGCUGGAGGUAUAUCAGGAGCUGAGUGACCUGCCGGGAGAGUGCAGAGCUCAUGGGCACCUGGCCGCAGUCUACAUGGCCCUGGGGAAGUACACAAUGGCUUUCAAGUGUUAUGAAGAGCAGCUGGAUCUAGGGCAGAAGCUGAAGGACCCAAGUCUCGAAGCCCAGGUCUAUGGCAACAUGGGCAUCACAAAGAUGAACAUGAAUGUGAUGGAAGAAGCCAUUGGCUACUUCGAGCAGCAGCUGGCCAUGCUGCAGCAGCUGAGUGGGAACGAGUCUGUGCUCGACAGGGGCCGGGCCUACGGCAACCUGGGGGACUGCUACGAGGCCCUGGGUGACUACGAGGAAGCUAUCAAGUACUAUGAACAGUAUUUAUCUGUUGCCCAGAGUCUGAAUCGCAUGCAAGAUCAAGCCAAGGCUUACCGAGGCCUGGGAAAUGGACACAGGGCAAUGGGGAGCUUGCAGCAAGCCCUGGUGUGCUUUGAAAAGAGGCUCGUGGUCGCCCAUGAGCUCGGGGAGGCCUUUAAUAAAGCCCAGGCCUAUGGCGAGCUGGGAAGUCUGCACAGCCAAUUAGGAAAUUAUGAACAAGCCAUUUCCUGCCUUGAACGCCAGCUGAACAUUGCUAGAGAGAUGAAGGACCGAGCUCUGGAAAGUGACGCGGCCUGUGGCUUGGGGGGUGUGUACCAGCAGAUGGGGGAGUAUGAUACAGCCCUGCAGUACCACCAGUUGGAUCUGCAGAUUGCCGAGGAGACCAAUAACCCCACGUGCCAGGGCCGGGCCUACGGGAACCUGGGCCUGACCUACGAGUCCCUGGGCACCUUCGAGAGAGCCGUGGUCUAUCAGGAACAGCACUUGAGCAUUGCUGCACAGAUGAACGACUUGGUGGCCAAGACGGUGUCUUACAGCAGCCUUGGAAGGACGCAUCACGCUCUGCAGAACUACUCCCAGGCAGUCAUGUACUUGCAGGAAGGUUUAAGGUUAGCAGAGCAGCUGGGCCGAAGAGAAGAUGAAGCCAAAAUUCGCCAUGGUCUUGGCCUCUCCCUCUGGGCGAGCGGGAAUCUGGAGGAGGCCCAACAUCAGCUCUACCGGGCAUCAGCCUUGUUUGAGACGAUCCGACACGAGGCGCAGCUGAGCACAGACUACAAGCUCUCCCUCUUCGACCUGCAGACGUCCUCCUACCAGGCCUUGCAGCGAGUGCUCGUCAGCCUCGGCCAUCAUGAUGAAGCUCUGGCCGUGGCAGAAAGAGGACGGACAAGGGCGUUUGCAGAUCUCCUGGUGGAACGGCAAACAGGACAGCAGGACUCUGACCCCUACUCCCCGGUCACUAUCGAUCAGAUCUUAGAGAUGGUUAACGGCCAGAGGGGACUUGUGCUUUACUAUUCCCUGGCAGCGGGCUACCUGUACAGCUGGCUGCUUGCUCCUGGGGCAGGAAUUCUGAAGUUUCAUGAACACUACCUGGGAGACAACGCAGUGGAAAACUCCAGUGACCUCCAGACGGGCAGCAGCACAGCCCUUCCCACAGCCACGAGCUCGGCCCUGGAGCAGCACAUUGCCAGCGUGCGGGAGGUCCUGGGCGUGGAGUCCUACUACUCGAGGGCCUGUGCCAGCAGCGAGACCGAGAGUGAAGCUGGAGACAUCAUGGACCAGCAGUUCGAGGAGAUGAACAACAGGCUCAACUCGGUCACCGACCCCACUGGCUUUCUUCGGAUGGUUCGCCGCAACAACCUCUUUAACAGGAGCUGCCAGAGCAUGACCAGCCUGGUCGGCAAUGCCGCGUCGCCCGUCAAGGACGGGACCUCCUCUCUUCCCAGGAGGCAGAGCUCGUUCGCCAGGCCACCGCUCCGCGCCCUGUACGACCUGCUCGUGGCACCCAUGGAAGGGGGCCUGAUGCACUCCAGCGGCCCGGUGGGCCGGCACCGGCAGCUGGUCCUGGUCCUGGAGGGGGACCUCUACCUCAUCCCAUUCGCCCUCCUGAAGGGAAGCUCCUCCAACGAGUACCUGUACGAGCGCUUCGCACUCAUCGCCGUCCCCUCCAUCCGCUCCCUCAGCCCGCAGGCCAAGUCUCACCUGAGGAAGAGCCCGCCCACCUAUUCCAGCUCCACGUCCAUGGCAGCAGUGGUUGGCAACCCCAAGCUGCCAUCGGCGGUGAUGGACAGGUGGCUGUGGGGCCCGAUGCCGUCAGCCGAGGAGGAAGCCUACAUGGUGUCCGAGCUGCUGGGCUGCCAGCCGCUGGUGGGCAGCGUGGCCACCAAGGAGCGGGUCAUGAGCGCCCUGACACAGGCCGAGUGCGUCCACUUCGCCACCCACAUCUCUUGGAAACUGUCGGCCUUGGUCCUCACGCCCAGUGUGGACGGCGCCCCUGCAGGCGGCAAGAGCUCCUUCGGCCACCCCUACACCAUCCCUGAGUCCCUGCGGGUGCAGGAUGACGCCAGCGACGGCGAGAGCAUCUCAGACUGCCCGCCGCUGCAGGAGCUGCUGCUCACGGCCGCCGACGUCCUGGACCUGCGGCUGCCCGUCAAGCUGGUGGUGCUCGGCUCCUCCCAGGAGUCCAGCAGCAGGAUCACGGCCGACGGGGUGGUGGCGCUGACUCGGGCCUUCCUGGCGGCGGGCGCUCAGUGUGUCCUCGUGUCUCUGUGGCCCGUGCCUGUGGCCGCUUCCAAGAUGUUCCUGCACGCCCUGUACUCGUCCCUGCUGAACGGCCUGAAGGCCAGCGCGGCCCUGGGCGAGGCCAUGAAGGUGGUGCAGAGCAGCAAGGCCUUCUCACACCCCUCCAACUGGGCAGGGUUCAUGCUUAUCGGCAGCGAUGUGAAGCUCAACAGUCCCUCUUCGCUCAUCGGUCAGGCCCUCACUGAGAUCCUCCAGCACCCAGAGCGCGCGCGGGACGCCCUGCGCGUGCUGCUGCACCUGGUGGAGAAGUCGCUGCAGCGCAUUCAGAACGGGCAGCGCAACGCCAUGUACACAUCCCAGCAGAGCGUGGAGAACAAAGUGGGCGGCAUCCCUGGCUGGCAGGCGCUCCUCACCGCCGUGGGCUUCCGGCUGGACCCCCCGGCCAGCGGCCUGCCAGCGGCCGUCUUCUUCCCAACCUCUGACCCGGGCGACCGGCUCCAGCAGUGCAGCAGCACCAUCCAGUCCCUGCUGGGUCUGCCCAACCCUGCCCUCCAAGCCCUCUGCAAGCUCAUCACAGCCUCGGAGACAGGCGAGCAGCUCAUCAGCCGGGCUGUUAAAAAUAUGGUUGGAAUGCUCCACCAGGUGCUGGUGCAGCUGCAGGCCGGCGAGAAGGAGCAGGACUUCGCCGCGGCGCCCAUCCAGGUCUCCAUCAGCGUCCAGCUGUGGCGGCUCCCCGGCUGCCACGAGUUCCUGGCGGCUCUAGGUUUUGAUCUCUGUGAGGUCGGUCAGGAGGAAGUAAUCCUGAAAACCGGGAAACAAGCCAAUCGACGGACCAUGCACUUUGCGCUCCAGGCCUUGCUCGCGCUCUUCGAUUCCACCGAGCUGCCCAAGCGCCUCAGCCUGGACAGCUCGUCCUCCCUGGAGUCGCUGGCCUCGGCCCAGUCUGUCUCCAACGCUCUGCCCCUGGGCUACCAGCACCCUCCUUUCUCCCCGACUGGGGCAGAGAGCAUAGCCUCAGACGCCAUCUCUGUGUACAGCCUGAGCUCCAUCGCCUCCUCCAUGAGCUUCGUCUCCAAGCCUGAUGGGGGGUCAGAAGGUGCGGUCCCUCGGGGACGGCAGGACUACGAGCGGUCCAAGAACACCUACCCACCGCGCGCCGCCCUGCCCCGGAGCCCGCUGUCCCCGCCCGCCCGCCCUGCAGGCGCCAAGGACGAGGAGGAGUACGAGGGGUUCUCCAUCAUUAGCACGGAGCCCUUGGCAGCCUCCCAGGAGGACCCACCGACGGGCUUCUCACCCGACCACAAGCAGUCCCGCGUGGGGACAGCAGGCGGCGUCAAAGUCUCGGUGAGCUCAAGCACUCCAAACUCUCCUGUUAAAAUGACUCUGAUUCCCAGCCCAAACUCACCCUUCCAGAAAGUUGGAAAACUAGCAAGUUCAGAUACGGGAGAAUCAGACCAGUCGAGCACAGAAACAGAUAGUACCGUGAAGUCCCAAGAAGAAAGUAACUCGAAGCUUGACCCUCAAGAGCUGGCGCAGAAGAUUCUCGAGGAGACACAAAGCCAUCUCAUGGCAGUGGAGCGUCUUCAGAGGGGUGGCGGUCAGGGCGCCAGUUCUGAAGAUGGCGUCUCUGUGCCCAACAGCGCUGCCGUCUUCCGAGCAUCCGAAACCAGCGCCUUCAGCAGGCCCGCCCUCUCCCACCAGAAGAGCCAGACGUCGUCGUCGCCAGUCACCAUCAAACCAAAGCCCCCAGCCAGGAGCUCCUCCCUCCCCAAGGUGAGCUCGGGGCACAGCAGCCCCACCGCCUCCGAGGCAUCCGCCAAAGACAGCCCGAGCCAGCACAGCGGCCGGCCGUCGCCCGGCUCCGACUCGCAGACCUCCCUGAGUGACCAGCCUCUCUUCAAGCUGAAGUACCCCAGCUCCCCCUACAGCGCUCACAUCUCCAAAUCUCCAAGGAACAUGUCCCCCAGCUCAGGCCACCCGUCUCCCGCGGGAAGCGCACCGUCCCCGGCUCUCUCCUACUCCUCGGCGGGCUCCGCGCGGUCCAGCCCCGCCGACCACCCCGACCUCGACAAGCUGAAGAUGGCGGCCAUCGACGAGAAGGUGCAGGCCGUCCACAACCUGAAGAUGUUCUGGCAGAGCACACCCCAGCACUCCACGGGACCAAUGAAAAUACUCCGGGGGGCCCCUGGAACCAUGACUUCCAAGAGAGAUGUCCUCAGCCUAUUAAAUUUGUCACCUCGGCACAACAAGAAGGAGGAGGGCGCAGACAAGCUGGAACUCAAGGAGCUGUCUUUGCAGCGACGUGGAGAAACACCCCCCAAAGCCCCGCCCAACGGACACUGGCACACGGAGACCACCUCGCUGAGCACGCUGCCGCUGCCCGCCCGCCCACCUGCCCCGGCUCCCACGCGCCCUCUGAGACUUCCUUCUGGAAACGGCUACAAGUUUCUGUCCCCAGGAAGAUUUUUUCCUUCCUCUAAAUGCUAAAGCAUCUUCUGUGCCCACCGACAGCAACCCGGAGCGCAGCGGCCCAGCCGGGCUCUCCGCACUCACUCGGCUGCCCUGCAUGCGCCGCCCGCCCAGACGCCCCGCCCGCUGGUGGCCCCCGGGGACUCUGGGCAGAUUCACCAAAAGCCAGGACUAAUGUGGAGCUGGUACAGGAUGUGCACGGAAUUUUCUACACACGUCACCAAAUGUUUACCUGUGAGCUCCCUCUUCUCCUCAUCUUUGAUGCGAUUCAACAGGACUUUUGUACAAAAAUGGUCAAGGUUCUGGGGCGGGGGAGGAGAGGGAGUACCUAUUUUGCUAAGAGGUAUAUAUGCAGUACCUUUAUACACAGAAUACAGAGCUUUUGUAAGGCUUUCAGGUGCUGGUUGGGGGUGGGAUGUAUAAAAUCUAAGUUGAAUUCUACAUGAAAGUGUUGUUAUAAACUUGCCAAAAAACAGGAUACCGGUUUUAAAAAUGCCAAUGAUUUGUAAUUAAAUUGUAGCAAUUCUGGUCUCACGGUACUGUAACAUCAUAGAACCGAUGCAAUAAUUCACCUGGAAAUAGUGCUUCCGUCCUGAACUCUGCUCUCCUGAGCUCUACAAAUGUCCUUGGAGCCCCAUGGUCAACCAAACUUGAAAAUUUUUGUAACUCCUAUCCAGGCAUUUUAGAACUAUGCAAUUGUGAUUUAAAAUGCAACUUUGUGCUUUUAAAACAUUACUGACCUUUUUUGUACAUGGAUAAACAACUUGGUUUUGUUAUCAAUAGUACUUUGCAUUUAUAGCUAUUAUUUUUAAAAGCUCAAAAAGUUUUUUAAAACGUCAAAUUUUGAAUAGUCAUCAAUAAGUAAUUAUCAAAUUUUGGGGGGGGGGGGAGUUUGAAAUUAUUCAGUUUCCUUAGAAGAAAAAAAUAGCAAAAAAAAAAAAAAACAAACUCAUGGCUAACUAGAUUUAACCAGAAUCUAGCCUUCCAGCUCCUAUCCCUUUACUUCCUGCUUAAUUUUAAUUAUCUUUUCCCAACUCCAGGCUUCAAACACCCCUCCUAUCUACAUCUGCUGCCAGGUUCCCACCGUCCCAGCACCUCCCACCUGUGAACUGCAUGUGACCCCUGUCUUGGUGUGACCGGUGCCCCUGGCUCCUGUGGUCUGAGGACAGACCCUUACUGUCCACGGCCUCAGAAGCAGGGCCCUCUGCUGGGAUAUGUACCUCUGAGUUACUGCUCAACAGGGAGAGAGGGUCUUAAAUGUGUUGUCAUAGGGGGAAAAAAAAGAAAAGAGGGACUCUUUCUCCAGCUAUGAUGGUUCCCUGAUACUGCCGCCAGCCAGGAUGAGACAAAAGAACAGUCUAGUAGGGGUAACCAUUAACUUAUUUUAUAAGGAAAGGAAAUGCUGAAAAUCAUGUCAGUGCCAAGUGCAGUUGGAGAACAUAAGCCACUUUUAGGUAAUUCUCAAGUGGAAAUCCUACUUACUACCUCCUCACUGUGAAGGUCCAUCCCACGAAGGCAGCAGCCUCUCGUCCUGGGACACCAGCCACGGGGAGAGGACAGCGGGGCCUGGCAGCAGCCUCACGACGACACCCGGCGGGGUUAACCUCGGGGAGGCCUCAUUUGAUUCACACACACUGACCACCUGUCUAUUAGUCCUCACUGUUCUCUGCAAAGAGGGAAAGAUAAUAUAUACUCAAUCUCUCUUACUCUCCUGAGCUGCAUCAUAGAAACUUUUUGUGUUUAACCCAACAGCCAUGUUGACAAAAGCAAGGAAGUCCCUCCCAUCCUAACCCCGAUCCCAACACUGGAAGAGAAAUACUUUUAUCAAGAAGCAAGCAACUAUGAGGCUGUCUUUAUGUCUUUUGUAAAUGAUAAUAAAAGUACCAAUGUAGCAAAUGAAAGCCAAGCUUAUAGCACUGUGCAUUUAGAUAGCAAAAUCAGGUUCUCAAUAACAAGAAACAAACCUCAAAAGUGAAUUUCUGAAUCCGCACACAUGUAGACAGUUAGGCUCGUCCUUUCUCAGCACCUCUCAGCCUCUUUCCCAAGUGCCAAGGAGCCCCGGAGGAAAGGCCGGUCUGUGCUCCGGCCCCGGGUGCCCACCUCCAGCACAGCCCCCUACCACCCGGACCGCUUCUCCUGGUUACCAAGCCAGCUGGAAGGACUCAUGGGCUCCGGCCCCGGGUGCCCACCUCCAGCACAGCCCCCUACCACCCAGACCACUUCUUCUGGUUACCAAGCCAGCUAGGAGGACUCGUGGACCCUGAUUUGGCUUUAGUCUAAGUACAUUUGUUGUUGUAGGUUUCAUGUUCAAAAGCCAAAUGGAAUAUAUGAUUUUUUUUGGGGGGGGGUCCUGGAUAUAAGCUUCAAUGAAGGAAAGCAAAGAUGAUAAAAUCAAGACCAAUUGCCACUUCUUUCUGUUUACUGUCAGUCUUGGUGUUUUCUAUUCAAGUGAAACGGAUGUAAAAUCCAAGUGAAUUUUUUAGACUUCCCUGAAAAAAGGAUGCACUUAAAAAUUAUGUGAGAUUGUAAAAUUUGCAGAUUUCUUUGUACAGAUCAGGGGUUGGCAAAUGACCUCCAGGCUAAAUCUGGUCAGAGGCCUGGAUUUUUACAGCCAAGAGCUAGCAAUGGAUUUUACAUUUUAAAAUAUUUAUAUAAGUAUCUACAUAAUAUUGUGAUUUUUACCUCUUGGUCCACAGAGCCUCUUAUGAAAACGUUUUGCUGACUCCUGGUCCACAUGGCAGAAAACACCUGGCUCACGUUCUGUUUCUAGGCUCGGAAAGCGGACGUCAGGCUGUGGACAGACUGACGGGGUGUGUGGGAACCCGAGCCCUGUGGAGGGGAGGGACGGGCCCUGGAGGAGUCCUUGGCUCCCUGCCCCACGUGGAAGGGGUCGCUGGGUCACUGUAUGCAGACAGCAUUGGACAGGACUUCUUUUUCAGCUCAGGAAACUGGAACCCCUGCCCCUGCUCCAUCAGACGCAAAUACGCAGGCAAUAAAACCUCCCUCUCCUACAAACCCUGGCAGUAGAUCUUACUUCUCACCAGUGGGCCAUGCAGGCAGGUCUGCACACUUCACUCAUCUUAAGAGUCCAUUUACCAAGACACAGUGAGCCACUCAAGCUUGCGUUCUGAUGCGUGUAGAGAAACGAGAAUGUUCUCGCCUCCACCCACUCCCAACAGUCCCCAGCCCACACGCUGCCGUACAUGCGUCCAUAUCUGCCCGGCUGCCCAGGGGAGGCCGGCAGGUGGUCGCCGCCGCGGGUGCCCAGCAGUCCCUGUCCCGCAUCCCAGCCACAAGGAGAACCGCCACUUCGCUAGUUUCAGCUCAGGCUGGGAAAAAAACCACCACACGAUAAUCGGGCUUGCUUUUAGUCAGUAGGCAGAAUGUGAAAACUGUGUAAUUUUCAUCACAUAUUUUGUUCUUUUACCUAAAAGAACUUGUACAUGUGCUUUGUGAACUGGGCCCCCAUCUGUGCCAGGUCCUCCAGAGAUGCCGCGUGGAAGGACACACGUGGCCACGUCUCCCUGCGCACAUGCCUUCCCCACGUGGCACUCAUGCCCCUGUAUGCAGUGUUAGCCACCCUUGGCCUAUGUGGACUUUUUUUUUUUUUUUUGUAAAUGACAGUUUCCAGAUGGCAUUAAACUUUUUAUAUUAUGAAAUUUACCAUGUAAAAAGAACUUGGUAUUUUUAUUGAGAUUGCUAAGGCACUUGGCCUUCCUUUGUGACUUCCGUGUCUAUUAAAGCAUGAGUUCCCUUGGUUUUAA